AUGGCUUCCUGGCUCCAGAUCCCCAAGAACUCGCCCUUUUCGCUGGCCAACAUUCCGUUUGGAAUCAUCUCGACGGCCAAGGUCUCUUCGCGCGUUGCAGCAAUUGCGAUUGGCGAUUAUGCGCUGAACCUCAGCGUGUUCGCCUCGUCCGGGGGUUUCUCGCAGCUCCCGGCGAUCCAGCCUCACCUCAGCGUCUUCAGCCAGCCGACGCUGAACGCUUUCGCGGCCCUGGGUCGCCCCGUGCACCGUCAAGUCCGUGAAUACAUCCAGAGUGUGUUCCGCGCCGACACUCCAUUCCCUCAGGUGCUCAAGGACAACGCCGCGCUGCAGAAGGAGGCCCUUCUGCCGCUGUCCGAGGUCACCAACCACGUUCCCAUGCAGAUUGGCGACUACACGGACUUCUACGCCGGUCUCAACCAUGCCUACAAUGUUGGUGUCCUGUUCCGCGGUCCGGAGAACGCCCUGCAGCCCAACUACAAGCACCUCCCGGUCGCCUAUCACAGCCGCGCCUCGUCCGUGGUAACCUCAGGCACUCCCAUCCACCGCCCCAACGGCCAGAUUCUGGCCAACCCGGCCGCCACGCCCAAGGUCCCGAUCUUUUCUCCUUGCAAGAGACUCGAUAUCGAGCUGGAGCUGGCUGCGUUUGUAUCCCGCCCCAACAAUUUGGGCCACCCGGUCCCCAUCGACGAGGCCGAAGACCACAUCUUCGGCGUGGUGUUGAUGAACGACUGGUCCGCGCGUGACAUCCAGGCCUGGGAGUACGUCCCUCUGGGCCCCUUCAACGCAAAGAACUUCGCCACCACCAUCACCCCCUGGGUCGUGCUCCUGGACGCCUUGGAGCCCUUCCGCACCACCGGUCUGGAGCCCGGCAACCGCGAGUCCCUCCUCCCGUACCUGCGCGAGAAGAAGGCCGCCAACGCCUAUGACAUCCCCCUCGAGGUGGAAAUUACCAACCAGGGCGGCAAGCCCACCGUCAUCUCCAAGUCCAACGCCAAGAACCUCCUCUUCUCCUUCCCCCAGAUGCUCGCCCACCACACCAUCACCGGCUGCAACAUGAACCCCGGUGAUCUCCUCGGCAGCGGCACCAUCUCCGGCAGCGAGCCCCAGACCCAGGGCAGUAUCCUGGAGCAGACCAACGGCAAGAACCCCAUCAAGCUGGCGGAUGGCUCCGAGCGUCUGUUCCUCGAGGACGGCGACACCGUGGUCCUCCGCGGAAUGGCGGGCACUGAGGGCAACUAUGUCGGCUUUGGCGACUGCAUCGGCACGAUUCUCCCUCCCAUCAAGAUCGACUCGUAG